GCCAUGGCCGGGAACGCGUUCGACGUGCUCAUGCAGCGCAAGCCCGCCGCGACUCGCAAGCGCAAGGUGGCAUGCAAGGCUCAGCCCAGCGGCGGAACGCCUAAGAAAGCCAAGGCGCAGCAGCGGUUCAUCGAUCUCGGUCAGGCUGACCUUGGACAGCGAACGUGCCCGGCGUGUGGCUUUCUGUAUAUGGCCGGCCUCGACGCCGACGAGAAGGCUCACGCACGCUUUUGCAAAAAGGUUGCAGCAGGCGUCACGGUUAGCGGCUGGAAGAACGAGCGCCUCCAUCUCACGCGAGGCCAGAGCCGCAUUAUCGAGCUACGCGGCGACGACCCCGCGGCGCAUGUCAAGAAACUUCGGCAGAUCAAAGCUGUCUUGGACGACACGCUGGGCGUCAUCGACGAGACUGAGUUCUUUGCCCGACGCCACUUCAUCUAUGUGGCAAAAGACAACGUUGUGGGGUGCGUCUGUGCCGAGGCCAUCACCACAGCAUACCCGUACUCGACAACGUCUGGCGUCAUCACCAUCGACACCAACCAGCCGCGCGACGUGCUCGUAGGCAUUAGCCACAUGUGGGUGCACCCGCGCCACCGGCGCGAAGGCAUCGCCAAGGCGCUUUUGGAUGUCGUCCGACAAAAGUUUACCUACGGCAUGACGAUCCCAACAGCACAGGUCGCGUUUUCGCAGCCGACGGCCGAUGGGAUGUCAUUUGGCACGCACUAUGUUGCGCCGGCGCCGAUGCUGCUGUAUGCAAUCUAAUCGAACGCAACACGUAGAUGAACGAGAUA